AUGACAGACCUCCUAAAGACAGGGAGUCCAGGAAUGAAACCUCACCUGGGACAACCCUUACAGUGGGACCUAACCUGCCAAAAAGUAUUUGAAACACUGAAAGAACUGUUUGCAAAAGAACCAGUACUAAAGCAUCCUGACCCCGAACAUCCCUUCAUCAUUCAAGCAGAUGCCAGUGACAUGGCAGUAGGAGCAGUUGUGAUGCCAAAGAACUACCAGUACAUUCUGGCUCUUGUAUUUGCAAUAAAAGAGAUCAAUGAGGAUUUCAUGAUUCUUCCCAAUGUCACUUUGGGUUUGCGCAUCUUGGAUAACUACUGUAGUAGACAGAUCACAUAUGAUGCCACUCUGCGCCUGCUUUCCACAAAGAACAGGUUUAUCCCCAACUACAAAUAUGAUCCUGAGAACCAUUUGAUAGCUGUCAUUGGAGGACUUGAUUCUGAAACCUCUCUGUAUAUGGCCACAAUAUUAAACCUUUACAAGAUCCCACAGAGAACACAUAAAUGGGCUGAUUUGGCUGAACUUUUAGAUUUAUUUCUAGAUGAUCUGGAGAAAUUUCCCGGUCUCAUGAAAAGUAAAGCCAAUGUAUUUAUUGCCCAUGGUUCCCUAGUAUCCAUGCUUAAUUUAAUGUGGUACCUUCAGAUGUCUGCUUGGGAUUCACACAUUGGUAAAGUGUGGAUUGUGACAGAACAGUGGGAUUUCACAUUAACUGACUAUCAAAAGAACAUGGAUAUUCUUCCUUUCCAAGGUGCUAUAUCUUUUUCAGUUCAUUCAAAUGAAGUACCAGGAUUUACAGCAUUUCUUGAGAAUGUAAAGCCUUUCUGGAGAAGAGAAGAUGGUUUUAUCCAGGAUUUUUGGGAAAAGGCUUUUAGCUGUUCAUGGAAAAAUUACAAGACAACUGAAGAUGAGGAGCACAAGAAAAAAUGCACAGGAAAAGAGAAGCUGAAGAGCCUUCCAAGAACGUUCUUUGAAAUGAGAAUGACUGGCCAAAGCUACAAUAUCUACAAUGCUGCCCAUGCCAUUGCACAUACUCUACAUACUAUUUGUGAAGCUAAAGCAAAAUACAGAAGAAGGGUUCCUGGAGGAAUCCUAAAGUUUUGGAAUCUCCAGCCAUGGCAGUUCCAUCCCUUUUUAAGAGGUAUCUCAUUCAACAACAGUGCUGGAGAAAUUGUGCAUUUUGAUGAAAAUGGUAAACUAGUAACUGGAUUUGAUGUCAUAAAUUGGGUAUUGCCAAUUUCUGUAUGUAAUGACCAGUGUCAUCCUGGUCUCCAUAAGAAAAAAAAGGAAGGGGAACCAUUUUGCUGCUAUAUUUGUGUACCAUGUCCAGAAAGAAAGAUUUCUAACCAGAAAGAUAUGGAUUUCUGCAUUGAAUGUCAAGAAGAUGAAUAUUCAAAUUUCCAACAGAACCAAUGCAUCCCAAAACUUUUAAACUACCUAUCCUAUGGAGAGCUACCAGGGAUCAUUUUAAUGGGAUUUUCAAUUGUUUUUGCUAUGACAACAAUUUGUGUGCUUAGAACUUUUUGGAAACACCAGGACACUCCUAUAGUCAAAGCAAACAACCGAAACCUCACCUACAUUCUUCUCUUCUCUCUCUUUCUUUGCUUCCUUUGCUCUCUCCUCUUCAUUGGAAAACCAACAUCUACCAUGUGUAUUCUCCGACAAACAGCCUUUGGCAUUGUCUUCUCUUUGGCCCUUUCCAGUGUUUUGGCCAAAACAAUCAUUGUUGUUCUAGCCUUUGUGGCUACUAAGCCUGGGUCCAAGAUAAGGAAAUGGGUAGGAAAAAAACUUGGAGAUACUAUCGUCAUUUCCUGCACCUCUAUCCAAGUGUGCAUUUGUUCUAUUUGGCUAUUUACUUCCCCACCAUUCCCAGAUAGGGACUUAAACUCUCUCCAUGAAGAAAUCAUUCUGGAAUGCAAUGAGGGCUCUGCUAUCAUGUUUUGUCUUGUCUUGGGCUACAUGAGUUUUCUGGCCAUGGUCAGCUUCUCUGUGGCUUUCUUUGCCAGGAAGUUACCUGACAGUUUCAAUGAAGCCAAAUUUAUUACAUUCAGCAUGUUGAUCUUUUGCAGUGUUUGGUUGUCUUUUGGUCCAAUGUACUUGAGUACCAAAGGAAAAUAUGUGGUGGCUGUUGAAAUCUUCUCUAUCUUAAUAUCGAGUGCUGGGCUUCUGAGUUGCAUCUUUUUCCCUAAAUGCUACAUAAUUGUAUUCAGGUCUGAAUUGAACAACAAAGAUCAACUAAUAAAGAGACAAUGA